ACUCGUCCACAAUGCCGUCGGCCAAGAUUGCUGUCGGGCCCCUUCUGCCAGGGGCACCGCGCCAUGUGGUCCACCGCAACGCGUUUGCCUUUUUCGUGAGCAUGGGUAUUCUCUUGAACAUUUCACUCAUGCCGAUGAAGGCGUACCUCUCGGAGCACCUGCCGUGGAUGCGCGAAACGCAGGCGCCCGCGUCCAGCAAUUUUACUGAGUUUAACGCGUCGACACUGUUGCAAUACCAAGCCAAAUACAACAUCUCGACGCUCCCACCCAAUUGCAUCUACUUCAACGACGCCGCGGCCGGUGUCGAGCUCGUGCGCGUGGAUCUGGAUAUGGCCACGCACGCGGCGAUCGCACGCGAUGACUGCGUCUCGGCCUUUCUUCUCGGCAAGCCCGGUGUCAUCUACUACACCACGUCCAUUCGAUUGCUGCUCUGCGAUCUCGCGGCGGCCAACGCCUCGAGCUUUCACCUUCUUGCGUGGCAGAACCGGGGCACGUGUGUGUACAACACGUACUUUGGCUUGUACAUUGGCCACCAGUGCGUCUGGAUCACGGCCGACGACGUAGCGCACGCACAUCGGCUCACCAUCUCGAUGGCGAUUGCAGCAUAUGCCGCGACUGCGUGGCUCUGGUGCAAACUGGCCUUUCGCGUUGGUAUCUCGCUCGUGACGUUGUACCUCCUGUAUGCAAAGUACUAUCGCCACUGCUUGGACCUCGAGUCGCUUUUGCGAUCUCACGGUCACAAGCGCGUCUGCAACAAACAUUGGCGCUACGAAGUCAUUUGGGGUGACCCCACGGCCUUGAUUCUUUUGAACCCAGCGAUUGCAGGGAUUUUUGCCCUCGACUGCUGGCUCAGCGUCGACAUUGUAGCCGUCGCCAUCAUGCGUGCGAGCCAGGCCCACGAGAUAACUGCCAUGCUUCUCGGCUGUCUCUACCUCUCCCGAACGGUUUGGUUUGCCUACGCCGCGCUAUGCGGCGUGAAUACGUACUUGAAGCGCCACAAGAAAGAACAUCUCUUUGCAGAGGUGGACCCUACCCUCGUGGCCAUUGCUGCGACAAUCUAUGGUCCGCUGGUUACGUGGAUGGUCGGCAAUGUCGAAUUCAUUCUCGCGCUGUUUCACGCCUUGUUUGACCUUGUGGUACCAACAGCUCUGAAGCGCGACCGAUUUGACGGCAGCAUUCCGUCCACCCUGUACUCACUCAUGCUCGCAUCACUACCUGUCGUCUUUGGUUUCACGCACGCUCUCCUCCGGAGACCGCGCACGACGCCGCGCGACCUCCAUCUGUACAGCAGCUUUCAUUUCAACAACAUCAAAACCCGCUUGGUGCUAUCGACACUGCAUAUCCUCCAGCGCCACCUCCCUGCAAAUGUACCGGCCAUUGGCGGCACCAUGCACCGCCUCUUUGAGCUCGCACCGCGCUACAAGCGAUCGCCCACGAUUAGUUUCCGCGGCUCCGACUGCUACGUCCAUUGUUUUUGCGAUGGCGUCUUAGAAGAGCGUUUGCGCCUCAGCCUCGUCGACGACUUGGAUCGAUUGGUUCUCGAGCCAGAUGUGGCCAUCCAUGACGCACCCGAUGCGUCCACGUACUCGGUGAACGUCCUCGUGCUGCCGUCGGCCCUGUGCGCUCACCCGCGCCUGCAACGACCCCGACAGCCGAGUGUAUGGUGUCUUUAGCGCACAUCAUGACGACGCUCUUUGCAUGCAAUUUCAACACUAGGAUGACUCAGGAUGACAUGACUUUGCAUUUCCUUUCAAAUUUGAAUGAUCCAUUGUAUCA